AAUUUCAAGCGAUUUCUGCCACCUCGAUCUUCAUCCAUGGAUACGUGGAGACUACACAAGAAUCCACCACCGCUGAAAGCGUGAGUAUAUAUAUCUCAUCUACUCGAUCGGAAAAUUCGAAGAAAUUCACUCAAAUUUAGCUCUAAUUAAAUGGCUUCAACCGACCAAACGCCGGGCGCGAUGCCGCCGGGAGACGGCGCAGUGCCGCCGGGAAAGGCCAUGACGGUGGGGCAGCAGAUGCUGGACAAGGGAGCGGAGAUGAUGCAGUCGUUUCAACCGAUUAAAAAAAUGAGCCAGCACGCCUGUUCCUUCGCCAUCUACAGCCACGAUCUCACCCGCCAGAUCCAGACGCAUCACUACAUAAGCCGCCUCAAUCAGGACUUCCUUCAGUGCGCCGUCUACGACUCCGACGACUCCGCCGCCCGCCUCAUCGGUGUGGAGUAUAUAGUAUCGAAGCGAGUUUUCGACACACUUCAGCCAGAGGAACAGAAGCUUUGGCAUUCUCACUUCUACGAGGUAGCUUUUGUAGACGAAAUUUUCUGCGAUGAACAUUUUUUUGGGAUCAUCGAUCCAAUUUUGGUGCAGAUCACGUCGGGCGCGUGGGUGAAUCCGAGAGUUCCUGAGCUAGUCCAGAAAUCGGAGCUCGAAGAAUUGGCGCAGAGCUACGGCAAAUUUUGGUGUACUUGGCAAGUUGACAGAGGCGAUAGGCUUCCGUUGGGAGCGCCGGCGCUGAUGGUGUCGCCGCAAGGAGUGAACAUGGCGAUGGUGAAAGAAGAGCUGAUAAAGAAGAGGGAUGAGAAAUACAAAGUGUCGUCGAGUGAGCUUGGGAGGAAGAGGGCGAAUUUCGCGAUACCGGAGGCGGAGGCUGUGAAUCCUUAUGCUGAUUACUGGAUGCAGACGGGGAAAGGUUUCGCCAUUGAUGUGCAGCAAACAGAGAUCAAAUCUAGGGCUCCUUUCCCCUGAUGAUUCACCUGUAAUAACUAUGGAAGGAUCCAUUUGGUCUUGUCAAAUGUCAAUAUUAAUCCUUUCGACCAAUACAUAUUUUAAAGUUGUCCA